GUAGGGUUAGCAAAUUACACACACAGUGACUCAGUGAAAAGGAACAAUUCAGCUUGGGAUGAUGAAGUUGAAGAUGAUACGGAGAUGGACUCCUAAAGCUUCGAAAUUUGUUCAGCCUCAAGAGACAGGUACUCUGAGAAAUGCUUUACUUCACCAUUGCCCGAAUGAGCUGUUUUCUUGCUGCGAACGAGACUAUUCUGGUUUCAGCGAUAGGAAUCUGUCUUACAGAGAGAGAUUGAGAAGUGGGCUUUUAGAUAUUAAGGAAGAUGAUGCUGUUGAUCUGUUCCAAUCCAUGAUUAGGUCUCGUCCUCUUCCCACUGUCAUAGAUUUUAAUAGAUUGUUUAGUGCUGUUGCCAGAACAAAGCAGUACGAUCUUGUGUUAGAUCUCUGCAAGAAAAUGGAGUUGAAUGGGAUUGCUCAUGACAUCUACACUUUGAGUAUUAUGAUCAAUUGCUUCUGCCGACGCCGAAAACUAGGUUUUGCUUUUUCUGUUUUGGGGAAGAUCCUGAAACUUGGGUAUGAUCCUAACACCAUCACAUUUUCAACUCUACUCAAUGGAUUAUGUCUCAAGGGAAGAGUUUCCGAAGCGGUUGUGCUAGUUGAUCGAAUGGUAGAAAUGGGACAUACGCCCAAUCUCAUAACACUUAACACUUUGGUCAAUGGACUUUGUCUCAAUGGUAAAGUCUCUGAAGCUGUGGUUUUGAUCGAUCAGAUGGUGGCUAAUGGCUGUCAACCCGAUGAAGUUACAUAUGGACCUGUUUUAAAUGCAAUGUGCAAGUCCGGGAAAACUGCCUUGGCCAUGGAGUUGCUCAGAAAGAUGGAAGAAAGAAAGAUGAAGCUCGAUGCAGCCAAAUACAAUAUCAUCAUUGAUGGGCUUUGCAAAGACGGGAGCCUCGACGAUGCACUCAACCUUUUCAACGAAAUGGAAGUGAAAGGGAUCAAAUCAAAUAUUAUUACCUACAACACUCUCAUUAGAGGCUUCUGUAAUGAUGGUAGAUGGGAUGAUGGUGCGCAGUUGCUGAGGGAUAUGAUCACAAGGAAUAUCACCCCUGACGUUGUCACUUUCAGUGUUUUGAUUGAUAGUUUUGUGAAAGAGGGAAAGCUUCUAGAGGCCGAAAAACUGUACAAGGAGAUGAUCACAAGAGGUAUAUCUCCUGAUAUUAUUACAUACAGUUCUUUGAUAGAUGGGUUUUGCAAGGAGAACCGCCUAGACGAGGCAAAUCAGAUGUUGGGUCUGAUGGUUAGCAAAGGGUGUGACCCUAAUACUGUGACGUUUAAUAUCCUUAUCAAUGGUUAUUGCAAGGCUAAGCGGGUUGACGAUGGUUUGGAACUCUUCCGUGCAAUGUCCUUGAGAGGAGUGGUUGCAGAUACAGUUACUUAUAACACUCUAAUCCACGGGUUUUGUCAAUCGGGAAAACUUAAUGUUGCUAAAGAACUCUUCCAAGAGAUGGUUUCUCGUGGUGUGCCACCUAAUAUUGUGACUUACAAAAUUUUGCUGGAUGGUUUGUGUGACAGUGGAGAACUAAAAAAAGCAUUGGAAAUUUUUGAAAAAAUCCAGAAGAGUAAGAUGGAACUUGAUAUUGGUAUCUAUAAUAUCAUCAUUCACGGGAUGUGCAAUGAUGGUAAGGUCGAUGAUGCUUGGGAUUUAUUCAGUGGUCUACCUCUUAGAGGAGUGAUGCCCGAGGUUAAGACAUACACCACAAUGAUUUCAGGAUUAUGUAAGAAAGGGUCACUCUCGGAAGCAAAUAUGUUGCUUAGAAAAAUGAAGGGGGAAGGGUGUGAGCCAGAUAAUUGGACAUACAACACUCUCAUCCGAGCACAUCUCCUAGUUAGUGAUGUAACGACGUCAGCUGAACUCAUCGAAGAAAUGAAGAGGUGCAGGUUCGCUGCGGAUGCGUCCACUAUAAAGAUGGUUAUCGAUAUGUUAUCGGAUGGUAGAUUGAACAACAGUUUUUUGGAUAUGCUUUCUUAGAAUUUUGGUGUUUACAUCAUAUAACUGUCUCGGAGCAUUGAAAGAUUAAGUUAAUAUUUUAUCAGGUCUGUUUGUUUAGGUUAUUCUCAUGAUACUUUUGUUUGUUUGGAAAUUGACAAAGUGCAUUCAUGUAUUGUGUUUAUGAGAAUAUUUAGUAUUUACACUUUUCUUCAUGUUUUCCUAACACAUUAAAUCCAUUGAUCUGAAAUUGGUUUUGAGAAAAACUGAAAAUUCAUUAGAAUUAUCAUGAACCAAUUUAUUCAUUGAAGUAAGAGAGUUUGGAUACAUGUGGAAAAUAAAGCACAAGUAUAUCGUAUGUAUAAUUCUUUCUUUUUAGGUUUGAGUAAUUAGAAAUGGUAACUU